AGUUCAUAUAACUCUACACAAUGUAAAGAUCCCGAGAGUACUCUUCCAUUGCUGAAUUUGUGGAUAUACUCACACGACUUUUAUUCUCUGCUUUCUUUAAAAUUUACCCACCUCUGGCAUAAAGGUUUACUACCCGACAUAUUUCGCGACACCUUUCUUUAUGCUGGUGAUGUCCAUAACUACAAUACUAGAUAUGCAACCAAUCAAAACUUAUAUAAACCUCGUGUAAGAACGAAUACUGGCAAGCAGAUGAUUUCAUUUAAGGCAAUCGAUCUUUGGAAAAGCAUUCCACAAUACCUCACAGGAUUGAAUGAGUAG